AUGGAGAACUCCAACCAAACACUUCCAAGAUGGUUCACCCUGAUAGGAUUAUCAACUGUCCCUCACCUCCAGGCUAUAGGGUUCCUUGUAUUUGUGGUGAUAUACAUGAUCACAAUAUCGGGGAAUUGCCUUCUUCUCAUUACUGUAAGGAUCAGCCCAAUGUUACACACCCCUAUGUACUUCUUCCUCAGUAAUCUCUCUUUCAUUGACAUCUUUUUCUCCUCCACUGUAGUUCCUGUAAUACUCAUAAAUACUCUAUCCACAGACAAGAGUAUUUCAGUAGGAGGUUGUGUCUUUCAGAUGUUCUUCUCAUUAGUACUUGGGGCAGCAGAGUGUGUCUUACUUGCCGUCAUGGCUUAUGAUAGGUUUGUAGCCAUUUGUAGACCAUUGCAUUACAGCAGUAUUAUGAACAUGAGGUUUUGCAUCAUCUUAGCCUUAAUACCAUGGAUGAUUGGUUUCAUAAAUUCCUUUAUACAAGUGUCCAUCACCUGGAGACUUCCCUUCUGUAGGACUCAUCAUGUCAACCAUUUCUUUUGUGAAGUGCCUCCUUUCAUACGAUUGUCCUGCAGAGAUCCUUGGCUUAACGAAAUAGCCAUGUAUGUAGCAGCCGGGAUCAUUGUUUUGUGUUGUUGUCUGUUGACUUUGAUUUCCUAUGUAUAUAUCAUCUCCACCAUUUUGAAAAUCCAUUCCUCACAAAAAAGACAUGCUGUUUUUUCUACCUGCGCCUCCCACCUCACUGUUGUCACCCUGUAUUAUGGAGCCAUCAUGUCCAUCUAUCUUCAGCCUCGAUCAUCUCAAUCUCUGGAGGCAAACAAGACUAUAUCCGUUCUCUAUACUGUGGUCACUCCAAUGUUAAAUCCCAUCAUCUACAGCAUCAGAAAUAAGGAUGUUAAGAAGUGUAUAACAACCAAUAUAAAAAAACUUGCAAAACUGCUGACGUGA